AUGGCGCCUUUUUGCCCUCAGCCCAUGGGUCUAUCUCUCUUCGCCAAAACUAUGAUAUUACUUAUAAUGGCAGGGAAUGUAUCGUUCGCGAUGGUCGUGCGCCAACACCAACCUCGUGCUGAUGGCAAAUUACUAUCUAAAAAAUCGAAAGAGGCCAAAGAUGAGGAGAUCUUGCAGACUCGAAAAAAGCGACUUGAGCCGCGGGAUCGCUCUUGUAAAUUUCAUCGUCGGCAAGGCGUCCAACAUGUUCUCUGGUCUCAAGAAGAAAAAUCUGCUCUUGAAACAGAUAUAGAUAUGCGUUUUAGUGCAAGCUCGAAUGAGCAUCCACUGCUCUCUCUUUUUCAUACGUCUCCACGAGCCGAGAAGAAGGAAUCGGGCCCUGAGGCCGACGUCAUUCUUUUGUUUGGUGUGGUAGGCGAGGUUUCCACUUGGAAAUAUGUUCAAAGUGACCAACUGAGUCUAGAUCAAACACAUAUGACUAAAGGACCAAAGCCGUUCUUAGAUACAGAAAGCCAACGCAUUUGA